AUGACCAAACAAUCAUUCAAUGUUGAAUCGAUAGUAAAGUACUUCUUGGAUAACAAGACAUUUCAGAAGGUGAAGUUUGUCUACCCCAAAAAUAAAGAUAGCGUGGAGCUCAUGAAGUCUUAUUUUGAAGAGGAAAAUCUUCCCAGAGAACUAGGUGGAAAAAGCAUAUUGAACUAUAACCAUGAGGAGUUCUCCAAAUUAAUGGCUCAGGAUGAUUUGAAAUGUGCAGAUUUUUGGGGAUCUGAUGGCAAGCUUUCAAAUCACAUUGGUAACGAGCAUGCUGCAGCAAAGGUAGUUAAAGAAGUUGAUCUUGCUUUAUUGGAAAGAGAUCCUGCACUUCACCUUCCAAUAUGGAAAUAUCCUAUCAAUCAACAAGAUGAAAUCCGUCGUGUUUAUCUUAAACUUGGUCUAUAUCAGUGCAAGCUUCAAAAUUAUCCUUUUUCAGGGCCACAGAAGAAUCAAUGUCGUUUUUGCUCUUCUUGGUUUGACUUGUAUCCAUCUUGGCUAGAGUAUUCUCCAACAAAAGAUGUUGCAUUUUGUUUGCCUUGUUAUUUAUUUAGCAAACCAAGUUGCAAUGGACGUUUCGGACUUAGUACAUUUGUUGUUGAGGGUUUCAAAAAUUGGAAAAAGAUUGCAGCUAAUCGUUUAAGGCUACAAGUUUCUGUUGAUGUGAUAAGAUGGCUUGCAUUUCAAGGAUGUGCUUUUAGAGGUCAUGAUGAAAACUUAGAUUCACUUAAUCGGGGCAAUUUUUUAGAGAUGAUUAAGUUUUUAGCUUCUUAUAAUCAAGAAGUUGCAGCAGUUGUGUUAGAAAAAGCUCCUCAAAAUGCUUCAUAUAGUUCCCCUCGAAUUCAAAAGGAAAUUCUUCAUGUUUUCUCUCAAAAAGUAAAGGCCACAAUACGAGAAGAAAUUUCCAAUGCUAAGUUUUGUCUUAUUGUUGAUGAAGCUAGUGAUGUAUCUAAAAAAGAGCAUAUGGCAAUUGUUUUUAGAUUUGUAGAUAAAGAUGGUUUUAUACGGGAAAGGUUUUUUGGUCUUGUACAUGUGGAAGAUACAAGUUCUAAGACUUUGAAACAAGGAAUAUUCAACAUUCUACGUCACUAUAGUCUUGACGUUCAAAAUAUCCGAGGAUAG